UUUAAAAAGAACCUGAAACUAGUAGUAAUUAGUAAAUACAAAUAUUUUUGUUAAUUCCUUUCCUAUUGUGUUUAAAUUAGUUUUCUACAUCUAUAUAAAUAUAUAUUAAUCUUUAUUGUUUUUGAGUUUGCUAUGAAAUAACUUCCUAAUAAUAAACAAAUAGAAAGCAAGAUGCAAUCUUCACCCAGUUUCGGAACAAUUCAACCUCGGAAGCUCACAUUUGGGUCGCCUCCAUUUCAAACAUUUAAAAAGGCUCCUCCUAUACGUGUUAAUGAAUUGCCAACUGCAACAACCAAACCUGUACAACAGAGUUCCCUAUCACCUCCUUACCGAAAGGUUAGAGCAUUGAGAUUAUUUGAUACCCCGGCAACUCCAAAAACCAUAAUUCAAAAAUCAUCAGUAAAAAGUUUCAACCAUUUAACUAACGCUGAAGGUCAGUGCCUAACGGAGAGAAAAUCAUGCAAUAAUACAGAAAUCAAAAACUCAUGUCCGCUGGAAAAGCCAAAACCCGUACCAUUGCAUAAUAAAGUUUUAGACAAUUCAAUGCAAUCAGCCAAUGUGAAUCCGUUUACUCCUAAUAGUUUACUAGCACAAAAUAAAAAACGAUGCCGUACACAAUUUGGUCGAGAAAACCAGAAAACAUCAUCUCUAAUAUCGUUCCUUAACUCCGAUUUUGCGUCGAUCGAUUUACUUGAAGAUAACGCCGCUGAUUUUUUACAAGCUCCGAAGCGGUUAGCUCUACAAGACACAAACAUUAGCCGAUACAAAAAGGAAUUUCUAGAAAUCUCAUUAAUAGGCGUUGGUGAGUUCGGUCUGGUAUACCAAUGUCUUAACCGACUUGAUGGAUGUAUAUAUGCCAUUAAAAAAAGUAUAAAACCUGUAGCUGGGAGCUCAUUUGAGAAGAGAGCACUAAACGAAGUUUGGGCUCAUGCAGUUCUUGGAAAACACGACAACGUUGUAAGAUAUUACUCUGCUUGGGCGGAAGAUAACCACAUGCUUAUUCAAAAUGAAUUUUGCAAUGGCGGUAGUCUACAAUCGUUUAUACAAAAAAGGUUCUUAAACGAGCCUGAGCUGAAAAUAUUACUUUUACAUGUAUCCGAGGGCCUUAAAUACAUUCAUUCCAAUGACUUAGUGCAUAUGGAUUUGAAAGCGGGGAAUAUAUUUUUGACAAAAGUAACAUCGAAGUGCUUACCAUUGAUGGCGACGGAUAACUCUUAUGAAGAAGACAUCGAUGGAAUCUAUGAUGAACUUGAUAGUACAGGAUGCAUUAUAACUUAUAAAAUAGGUGAUUUGGGUCAUGUGACUUCAGUGAAGGAAGCACAUGUGGAAGAGGGCGAUUGCAGAUAUUUACCAAAUGAAAUUUUGCAAGAGGACUUUAGCCAUUUGUUUAAAGCGGAUAUAUUUUCGUUGGGAAUAACGUUAUACGAAGCAGCUGGGGGUGGACCGCUCCCGAAAAAUGGACCAGAUUGGCAUAAAUUGAGGAAUGGCAACAUUCCAGAUAUUCCCACUUUGAGUAGAGAAUUCAAUGAUCUUAUCAAACUGAUGACUCAUCCUGAUCCAGAAAAAAGACCAUCUUCCACAACUAUAUUCAAUCAUCCAAUUCUCUGCUCUUUGGAAUUCAAGUCAAAAUCACAACUUACGCAGGAGCUGGCUAUAGAAAGGCGAAAAAAUGAAAUUUUAUUGAAGAAAUUAAAAGAGGCAAGAAAGCUGUUGAACAAAUAUGACCAUUCACAACGAACAAGUUACGAUGACAUUAAACAUUCCCCCUCCUCUGGUCGAUGUUUGCGCUCAUAUGUGCGCAAGCGAAGAAAAUCUUGCAUGUCGAAAAUGGAAGAACAAUAAGGCAGAAUUAACAUCAUCUUUACUAACUUGCAGAAUCAAUACUGUAGCUUUAACUGUAUAUAAAUUAAUAAAUAUCUAUACCUAAUAACUGAUUCAAAAGUCAAAUAUCAUAAA